UCUUCGACCCGUCGACCCCGAACACACAAAAGAAAAAAAAAAUUUAUAUGAGACCAGGUCUCACGAUUAGCAGAUGAGACCCGUCCUGAUGGAUGACACGUGACAUUUACAAAUCAGAGAGCAUCUAAUCUCUCCCUGAUUUCAAGUGUCACAGUCCUUCUCGACCCACAGCUCCGGCCGGCAGCCAUGGAGGAGUACCUGGCAAACAUGAGGACCCUACGCAGCUACAUGAACGAUCUGGAAGAGGAGGCAGCGAAGCGGUCAGCAGAGGAGCAGAGGCAGCGCACGGCCAUAGAUGCUCACGACAGCGACAUCGCCUUAGUGAGGGCGCAGGCGAAACAGGUGAGCGACGAGGCCGAGCACCUUGCCAAGGCGAGGGCGCAUGUCUGUGUGGAGAUGGCCGAGAAGCAGGGUAGGAUCGCCUCACUGGAGGUCGUGGGUGCCACGCUGAAGCAGACGUUAGACCUCCUCCAGCUGGAAAUCACAAGUACAUCUGCAAAACUCGGCCAGAAAAGAUUAUUUUACACGAAGACAAUGGAAACUUUGAGUGUCAAACUACAAGAGCAUCAGGGAUGGCUUGAUUCAGAUAAGAAUAAGAUGGUUGCAAUAGAACCAUUUGCUGAAGCACCUAUGAACAAGCAGAACAUUUUUGAAGGGAAGAGGUAUGAAGUGCUCAACUUAGGAGGGAGCAUAGACAAGGAAUCUGACGUUGGGAAGAAGCUACUGGAUAUCAAAGCAAAAGGAUCACAGCUCCUCUUAGAAAUCAGCGAAUGUAAGCAGACCCUUGAGCAGGAGAGCAACAUAACUGCUAGCUUCCCUGCUGCAGUGCAGGAGAUGGAUAAGAAGUCCUUGGAGGAAGAAUACAAAGCUCUACAAGGUGAUGGAGCUGGAGAAGCCGAGUACUUCCAGUCUCUUGAAGAACGAAUCAUUAAAAUGAAGGGAGUUUCUGAUCCUAUUAAAUGCUGUUGCGGACUGGAGUACAAUGUAGAACUAGGCGGGGAGUCCAUGGGUGUAAGAUAAACUCAGAUGCAGAUUACCACAGGUUCAGUGCGUUUAAAGUAUGUAUAUGCGCAGCUGCCGUAGGCUGCGCUUGGGAGACCGGUUUAUAUUUUCCACCUGUAUUAAUCUACAAGGGCAUUUUCCUGUGCACACCUGAGAUACAAGUGUAACGAAAACACGAUUGUAAAAUUUUGGAUUUUUGCUUGGAUAGCAUCGUAUUUAGCCCGUCA